UGUAAAUAUGUAUGUAAGUGCAUAUCAUGUUAAUCUAUUUAGUCGGAGAAAGCAACAAGUAGUCGUCGCAUCUAAACAGAUAAGUGAUCAUUACAUAAGCUACGAACAUGAAUUCCAACUUAAGCAAUAGCUUGGGACUGUCCAAUAAGACCUUGAUCGGUGUGGGCGUAGGUUUGGUGGCUGCAGGGACCGCUGGUUACUUGGUAUAUCGCCAUCUACAUCGCGAUCUGAUGCCAAUAAAAUGGCGUCGCGUUGGCACUCUGCAGCAGAUUCACAUAUUUCCAGUCAAGUCGUGUGCUCCGCUCAAGAUCAGUGACCAGCAACAGGAGUAUGAUUGUGAUUUGCUCGGCAUUGGCAUUGACAGCUGGCGUGAUCGUAAAUUUAUGCUGAUCAACGAUAACAACGAAAUGAUAACAGCUCGAGGUUAUCCACAUAUGGUUCAUAUACAGCCCAAACAAAUUAUGAAUGGUUUGCUGUUUACCGCCCCUGGCAUGCCCGACUUACCACUGGACUUUCAUCAUUUGCAAUCACCUGGAAGGGAUGGAAAAGAUGUGCGCACCGCAGUGUGGGGCGUCAGCCUGACGGUCAUGUUGUGUGGUACUCAGUUUGACACUUGGUUCUCUCAGUUCAUACUCAAAAAGGAUACGGGCUUGAAGCUGGUGUAUUAUCCUUAUUCAGUGCCAGUACGUUCCACCAAUCCUCGACUAAAACAUAUGCCGUUUCUGCGGCAGACGGAUUCAGGAACCCUUAACGAUGCAACGAGCUAUAUGCUCAUGAAUUUGGCUUCUAUUGCUGAUCUGAACACACGACUAAAGCAGCCCGUUGAUCCUUUACAAUUUCGCGGAAACUUUGAGUUGAAAAUGGAUGUGGAUAAGCCCUAUGCCGAGGAUGAUUGGCAGUGGAUACGCAUCGGCGAUGACGCUGUCUUUCGGGUUGUGGCUCCAUGUACUCGUUGCAUUUUACCCAACAUCAACGUAAAUACAGCAGAACGGAAUGUCGAUGGCGAACCACUGAAAACACUUCGCAGCUAUCGCUUGUUCGACUAUCCAUCGCCUGCUUUGGGAAUUCACUUGGGUCUUCGCCGACCAGGAAAUGUUAAAACCAACGAUAUUGUUUAUGUCGAAGAUAAGUGAAAUAAGCAAUACUAUACGAUAUAUAGAAAUAUAAUUGUAUACAUUUAUCUUUAUUACAUAUAACAGAGAUUAUGAUAGUACGAAAGUUUAAUAUGUAUGUAAAUAAACAUGGGUAUGAGCUAUAACAAUAAUAAA